AUGUCGCUCCUUACUCUGCCCAACGAGCUCCUCCUCCUGGUCGCCUCAUCCCUCACCACCCCUUCAGACCUCCUCUCUCUCCUCCUCACCAACCAUCGCCUCAACCACCUUCUAACCCCCGCUUUCCUCGACAUCGCCUGCCAACCCGCCCACGCCCUCACAGCCCUCUACUGGUCAGUCGUAACCAACAACCCUUCCGCCACUCAUCACAUCCUCCGAAAGACCUCGAACAUCGUCAUUAUCAGUGUCUCGCCCCCAAAUAAACACGCUGUGCACCCUGUUCCCGGCAAGCCCCUAGAUUGCACCAUCAAGGCCCUCUUCGAGUCAACAGACCCCAAUAUCGACUUCGUCUUCCUCGCUCAGUACACGAACGAGACGCCGCUCCACCGCGCGGUCAAGGCGAAGGCCCUCCCACUUGUUAACAAACUCCUGAAGAAAGGUGCUUCAACGGCCCAUCAGGAUAAUGGAGGAUGGACUCCGCUACAUAUCGCGGCCCGACUCGGCGCUACCGACCUCGUCAAGACGCUUCUAGAGCAUGGUGCAGACCCGAACAUCCAGGGUAGCUAUGGAGAGACGCCGCUCUGCCUCGCAGGGGUAUACCAGGAGGUCGCGCGGCUCCUGAUCUAUGCAGGUGCCUCAACAAGCAUUCAGGAUAGUCAUGGCCGCACGCCGCUGCACCUGGCGGUGAAGUAUUGGGGGGUCCCACUCACGGCACUAUGUCUGCAAACUGGUGCGCAUGUCGGCGUGUCGGACCAUGAGGGACGCACGGGGAUACAUAUAGCAGCUAUUUAUGGAGGUGUUCCGUCAAUCAAAGUUCUGUUGGAGCGCGGCGGAGAUGUAGAUGCCAGGGAUGUCUUUGGCAGAACACCACUUCAGCUAGCUGCAAAAUUUGGUAGGGCUAAUGUUGCCAGGGUUCUGAUAGAAGCUGGGGCAGAUGUAGGGGGUGUGGAUCACUAUGGAAGGACUGCGCUGCAUUUGGCUGCAUCGAAGGAUAGCGAGGAGGUAAUCAGGGUGCUCCUUGGUCGUGGUGCAGACCCUCGUGUUAGAGACAAUGUGGGGAGAACAGCGUAUCAGGUAGCCGUGCAGAGUGGUGGGAUGAAGGUCUGGGGUAUGCUGCAGGCCGCCCGUGAAUAG